UGAAAGAAAGAAUCGAUCGAAUCCCCCAACAUCCUCCGCCUCGCCGCGGCCGACCCCAAAAAUAGCCGCGCAAUCCUCCCCUCCCCUACCCGCCACCGCCACCGCCGCCGGCAGCUCCUCCCUCCACCCCCCGUCGCUUUCCCCUAUUUAUACCCGCCCCUCCCCGCCUUCCUCCCCUAGGCAGGCGCGCACCCAGCCCCUGCCCCCUCCCCCUUUCCCUUUCUUCCCAAUAAAAUUCGCUCGCGCAAAUUCCUUCCGUCCGCCCCGGAUUUCCCGACGGGGGAUACGCACGCACGCGCCCGUUGUGCACCCGUCCGACGGAAGGCACCGCGCCGAUUUGCGCCUGCUUGCUUGCUUGCUUGAUCGAUCCUCCAUCCGUCCGUGGUUGCGUCGUCGUCCGGGACAAGGAGGAGCAAGGGGUGUGAGGGAUUCUUGGUAUCUUCUUGAUUGGUUGGCUUCCUUGCCGCGGCGGACGGGCAGGCGGCACGACGACGACGGCGUGCUGCAAGAAGAUGCGGGCGCUGGAGGACGACCUGUUCCCGUCGACCCCCGGCAAGGUGAAGAUCGAGCGGGCGGGCGGCACCAUGAACCGCCAGCUGCACCGCUGCUUCGCUUCGACUAGCACCAUGUUCCUCUGGGCGCUCUUCCUCGUCGCCAUGACCGCUUCCUACCUCAGCUUCCAGUCCUUCGUCGACACCUCCUCCAAGUACUUCGCCGCCUCCUGGGGCGGCCUGCACUGGGAGCGCCAGAUCCGCGCCUCCGCCGCGCCGCGCAGGCCGCCGGGCUCCGCGGCCGGGGCCGGGAUGUCGGUGCUCGUCACGGGCGCCUCCGGGUUCGUCGGCGCGCACUGCUCGCUCGCGCUGCGCAAGCGCGGGGACGGCGUCGUCGGCAUCGACAACUUCAACGCCUACUACGACCCCUCGCUCAAGAAGGCCCGCAAGGCGCUGCUGACCUCCCACGGCGUCUUCGUCGUCGAGGGCGACAUCAACGACGGCCGCCUCCUCGCCAAGCUCUUCGACGUCGUCCCCUUCACGCACGUGCUCCACCUGGCGGCCCAGGCCGGCGUGCGCUACGCCAUGGAGAAUCCGGCCUCGUACGUGCACUCCAACGUGGCGGGGCUCGUCACCCUCCUGGAGGCGUGCAAGAACGCCGACCCGCAGCCGGCCAUCGUCUGGGCCUCCUCCUCCUCGGUCUACGGCCUCAACGACAAGGUGCCCUUCUCCGAGUCCCACCGCACGGACCAGCCGGCGUCGCUCUACGCGGCCACCAAGAAGGCCGGCGAGGAGAUCACCCACUCGUACAACCACAUCUACGGGCUCUCCAUCACCGGCCUGCGCUUCUUCACGGUGUACGGGCCCUGGGGGCGGCCGGACAUGGCCUACUUCUCCUUCACCCGCAACAUCCUGCAGGGGAAGCCCAUCACGGUGUACCGGGGGAAGAACCACGUGGACCUCGCCCGCGACUUCACCUACAUCGACGACAUCGUCAAGGGCUGCCUGGGGUCGCUGGACACGGCCGGCGGGAGCACGGGCACCGGCGGCAAGAAGCGCGGGCCGGCGCCGUACCGGAUCUUCAACCUGGGCAACACGUCCCCGGUGACGGUGCCCACCCUGGUGGCCAUCCUGGAGAAGCACCUCCGGGUGAAGGCGAGGAAGCACGUGGUGGAGAUGCCCGGCAACGGCGACGUGCCCUUCACCCACGCCAACAUCUCGCUCGCCCGGCAGCAGCUCGGGUACAAGCCCGCCACCAACCUCGACGCCGGCCUCAAGAAGUUCGUCAAGUGGUACCUCUCCUACUACGGCUACACCCGGGGAUCCAAGAACUUGUGACCGCUCCGCCGCGCCGCCGGAAUUCUUCUCCUCCCCCAACCCCCCCUGCUGAUUCUUUAUUUCCGACCACUCCCGGAUCAAACAUUUUCAGUCCCAUGGAUGGAUGAUGGAUGGAUGGAUCGUCGUCGAACAUUAACAGCAUUCUUGUCUCGAUUCUUUUUGGGGAAAUACGUUUUAUGGUGUUCUCCGAUCAAGAAAAUGAAAAUCAAUCCCGGAUCGAAUUGUUUCCUUCACUUGGCGCCGAGCGCCGACGAAGAAAGCAAUGGAGCGAAACCUUUUCUCA